CCGACUGCGGCAGUCCUGGAGGCCGUGGCGGCCUCGCUUGAGGCGGAGCGGGCAGCAGUGUACGCUCGUAACCUCUCGGGCCGCUUGGACGACGUCUCGAGGCUGCACGCGGAGGUCUCCUCGUUGGCAUCGCAGCUGCGCGAGGUGCGCGCCCAGCAGACCAGCAGGGCCUGGACGUGGGCUCGUUCUACGUACACUCGAUCGGAUAGGUGUCGACUGGGAUCCUCGCCCAGGUUGUCAGCGCCUGCAGUCACCGCCGCCUUCGACAUGACGCUGCUGCCACGUCUGCACCUGUACAUGUCGGAGGGGAGCGCCGCAGAGGCGGGGGAGUUCUUCAGCGAACGGCUGCCAGGCCGUGUCUUUACCUUUCACUGUGAGGACGACCGCAGUGUCUGGCACGAACGGGUGCUGAUCUGGCCCGCCGUCGCGCAGCAGCCUCCUACGAAGCGGACCAUCGUGACGCCCGAUGACGACGUCUACGACGAGGAGAUCGCUUCAGGCGCUGGCGGCGGCGGGCCGAGCAUAGUGUCGCUGACGUUCGGCGCGGCGCCUGCUCGCCAGCGCCCUGCUGGGCGUGUGCAUCGCUCCCACAGCUACCCCACGGAGGCCGAGUCGCUGGACUUGGUGUGCGCCGCCAGGCGGGGUGUCCGUGCUGCUGGCCUCGGGGUGGCGGAGCCUUCGCUGUCCGUGCUGGUGACGCAGUGGGCGGUCCCUGGCUUCUACCAUUGCCUCGAUUGCAAGGCCCCAGGGCAUCCGCCCACGACCGCCAGCGCCGUGCUGCAGGGAGGGCCACAUCUCCCACCGUCGGUGCCUACGCCGCCGGGACUGGAGGGCAAGGCUGACGACGGGGAACCGCUGCCCGUAGAGGGCACCGCCACGCCGCCACCUGGGCCCGUCGGCGUCCGCGCGCCCGCAUGCGCGGAGCCGCCGCCGCCUGGCACCACCUGGGUCGCCAGCAAGGCUGCGGGCGCCGAGAUCCAGCAUAGGGACGAGAUCUCGCCGUCAGUUUGGGACGUGAUUUGGGGCGAGGGCGAGCUCUACGAUCUCCCCACUGGCUUCAUUGUGCCCACGGAGCUGGUGCCAUCGGCCUCCGCCAUUCACCAGCCAGCUGAGAGGGACGAUGACGCUCGCCUCCUAUGCACACUGACGAGGAACCACGAGGGGCGGCACCAUCGUGUGCUCGGCGAGUCGGUGAAUCAGAUGCGGCAGGAAGCGCGCGAAUAUUUUCCUUUGGCUCGAGAGCGCAGCUACGAGUGGCUGUGCGAGUACAGCGUCGAGCACGGCGGCACCUCAGAUGGCCGCCCAGCAAAGUGGAUGAGCGAGAGCGGCUGCGCGAAGGACUCGGCGGCGGUCCACUUCUACGACCUCCUAGGGCUCUCGGUCGAUCUGGCUCAGACUUGCGAUGAGGUCGACGGGUCGGACUUGGCCUGCAUGGAGGCGUUCGCUCGCACUUACCCGUUGGUGGAGGAGACCGCGGGCAGCAUCGAGAUCGAGGGCGUCGAGCACCACGUCGGGCACGCGAAGCAAAGCACCCGACGCGGUGUCGCGCUGGCGCCGGGACAGGCGAAGUACGCGACGGAACAGUUGGCCAAGGAGACCGAGAUCCAGAAGCAGCAGUUGAUGGCGCGCGAGGAGAAGAGCGCCCUCGCUGGCAAGAAGGCACAGGGGUGA